AUGUCUUCAGAUGGAACUCGAGGCCCUGUUCUUGUCCGUGGCAUCAGGCUGGACGACCCAGCCAACCCACCUGUGCGUAUGGAGGUGCGGGAUAUGAUCAAGGACCACCCCGAUCAGUGGAACUUGUUUCUUCUAGGCAUGGAGAGAUUCCAGAAUUCAGGCGACGAGACAAUGCCGCUUUCGUGGUUUGAGAUUGCUGGCAUCCACGGGCUGCCGUACAAGAAAUGGCCAGACAGGAGUUGGAACGACAAGAUGGUCCGAGUCGACAACGAGUUUGGCGGGUUCUGUACCCACAGCUCGAUCUUGUUCCUUACUUGGCACCGUCCGUAUCUCGCCCUGUUCGAGGCCGAGCUCUACAAGCAUGUGAACGCCGUUGCCAACGAGUUCGAGGAGAGUGAGCGCAAGGCCGACUAUGUCAAGGCUGCCAAGGACUUCAGGAUGCCCUAUUGGGACUGGGCUCGCCCUGACCUCGGCGUCUUUCCCAUCCAGGCGACCUCCCAAGCCCGAGUCCGAGUCAAGCGUCCUCGUGGCAAGCAGCGAGAUACCCUUCUCAACCCGAAUCCUCUGGCAUCGUACAAGUUCGGCGAGGCAUCGAAAGGUGAUGAGAGUAUCAACACGUUUCCGAGAAUCGGUGCCACCGUCCGCUACCCGGGUCAGCCCAACAACAACGAGCUCAUGGAGCAACUGACCAGCUUCUUUGUGGGAACAGCCCCGUCGUCUCGAGGCAAGAACUUGACGGAACGCGUCGUAUUCAUCCUCCAGUCCUACCGCGACUUUGGGGCAGCCUCGCACAAUCGGUUCAACCCACCGAGGGAGCCGGGACAGCCCAACUUCUCCGAAUGGGGUAGUAUCGAGGACAUCCACAACGCCAUACACAACUACAGCGGGGGCGGGGGCCACAUGAGCGACCCGGCAAUCGCCGCGUUCGACCCCAUCUUCUGGCUUCAUCACGCCAACAUUGACCGUCUGUUUGCCAUCUGGCAAGCUUGCCACGACGACCCCAGCAACCCAUCCACCUAUGUCACCGACCAGACCGCGGGCACCGGCCCGGUCGGGGGCAACUUCUUCGUCAAAGCCGGCGACCCCGAGACAAUUAAGACCCCUCUGGCCCCCUUUGCCGAGUCCGCCACCGGGAGCAACCAGGAGUUCUGGACGUCCGAGGGCGUGAGGUACACGACCGCGUUCGGGUACGUCUACCCGGAAACGCAAAAGUCAAAGUUCCCCAACAGGGAGGCCGUCCUCAACGAGCUCGACCGCCUGUACGGGAGGAACGCGUCGCUGGCCAACAUCCUGAGGGGCGACGACGAGGACUUCCAAGCCGCUUCCGAGGAGCUGCGUUCCCGCGCAAAGGCCCACCUGAAGGCCGAGAAACCGUCAUCUGACGCUGCCGCCGUUGCACAGGUCGCGGACCAAGCCGGGCAGAAGCCGUUGCCCGACGCUCACGGGUCAGCCGACAUCAAGCUCCCGGAGGGUCGCGACCUGAAAAACUUGGCCGGGCCAGACAACAAGUACCUCGAGUGGCUCGUCGACAUCAAGGCCGAGAAGGCCGAGCUGGGCGGCAACUACGUCGUCCACGUCUUCUUGGGCGACCCCGACGACGAGACCCCUCUCCUCUACGUCACGAACCACUCGCACGUGGGCGCCUUUGCAACCUUCGGCCAGAACGAGGGCACGGCUUGCCGCAACUGCCAGGAGGGACGCGCGGCGGGCCAGAAGAUCACCGGCCAGAUCCCGCUCACUAUCGCCCUGGCGGAGCGGUACGUCGCCGGCUUGGUCGAGAGCCUGGCGCCCGAGCACGUCAUCCCCUACCUGCAGAAGAACCUGCACUGGCGCUUGGCGUUGUACAACGGCGAGCCGCAGCAGCGCAGCCGGCUGAACAACUUGCUGGUCAGUGUCGUCAGCAACGAGGUGACGGUCCCGGAAAGCCCUACAGGCCUCCCGCAGUAUGCCGACGAGGUGGUUCCCCAUCCCGAGGCUACUACCAAGCGCAACGGAGGCGGCCGUGGAGAUGGCACAGGAUACAACGGCACGAACUUCUAG